AUGGCUGACCAGGAGACACACGGGAGGUGGCACGACAUUGUCGAGAAGCUCUUCCACCGCGGCCUCGUCAGCGAAUUCCUCAACGACCCGGCCAACGUUAUCAGCCAGGUUCUGUCAUCGCCGGCGACGACAACCCAGGAGAACGCUCAGGCGGGGAACACGCAGGCCCCGGCCACGACACAGGCAGCCGCCGCGCCGGCACCCGCAUCCACACAAGCAGCCGCCGCUCCCGCCGCGACGACACAGGCUCCUGCGGUACAGCAGCCCGCCGCGACACCGGCCUCGUCGCCCAAGCAGGAGCAGCAGCCGCAGCAACCACAACAGACGUCGACGCCGGCGGCUCAGAACCCGGGGGCGGCACAACAGCCGGAAUCGACGGCGGCGGCGGGGACGACGGGCUCGUACACAGCUCCCGUUCUCACUACGUCGGCUCCUGCGGCCGCCGAGACGGUGCCAUCAGCGGCUGAGAACGCGGCCUCGUCACAGCUCCUCUCGCAGUCGGGAUAUUCAAAGGGUUCGGGGGCAGUUGGCGGCGGAGGAAGAGCCUCGACGACGAAUUCGGGGACGAUCGGCUCAACACAGGCUCCGCAGGCGCCGGAGUCUGGAGGCACAUCUACUUCGACAAACCAGGGGCCCCUGGUCGCUACUGGUGUCGUGUUGGGAAUCGUGGUCCUUAUGGGACUGUCGCUGUUGGUCUACUGGUGCCUCCGCCGCAAGAAGAGGGCGGCUCUCCAUCGUCACCAGGCCGUCCCUCCCGAGAGCCCCAGCCACGACUACGCGGACCACCGUUUCCGAGACCACAUCGACCAGGCCUGCCCUCCGACGAUGAUGACCGAGAACCGCGCUCUCAACGCCGAAGGCGACGAGUUCGUGAUCCAGCACCCGCAGCCCGGAGGACGGCAGCCGCCGCCUUUUGCACAAACGCACCCGCACCCGCACCCGCAUGGUGAUCCAGGCGGAGACACCCCUCGCGUCAACCCGUACGCCGCGCAGCCCUUUUCGUAUGCCCAGGCCCAGCAGUACGUGCAGUCCCUCGCCGACACGGGCACCUUCGGCGGAUACCCGCACCCGCCGCCGAUUCCGCAACCGUCGCCGAUCCGGAUCUUCCGGUGGCCGACCCGCUCAUCCCGCAGCGGGGUAUCCACGCCGAGCGUCUUCUCCGGCUUCCGAUCCCACAAGUCCUCCUCGCGGAACCCGUCCCGGACGUCCCGCAGCACCGUGACGUCGAUGCUGUGGCACGGCCGGCGCGACGUCAACGCCCGCCGCACCAUGACGAACCAGUCCCCGGUCUCGCCGCGGCCCAACUUCCUCCACCCCAGCGGCGGCGGCGGCGGCGGCGGCGGCGGCGGUCUCAACCAGAGCCCCGACAGCACCAUGAUGGGCGACGGCCUGCAUACGCCCGUCCUGGACUGGCUCAACUGGAUCCGUGGGCACCAGCAGGCCGAGCCGGACCCGGAGAUGAACCACCGCAAGAGCUUCGCCAGCACGACCGAGACGCUGAGCUCCGACGGCGGCGGCGGCGGCGGCGGCGGCGGCAGGGGCGGCGGCGGGUACGAGGGCGUGGAGACGGCCAGCACGGCGAGCACGGCCAGCAGCGGCGUCUUCUCGCCGACGCUGCACUCGUGGCACCCGCAGGCGAGCGGCGCCCCCAACGUCACGCCCGAGACGUUCCAGUACCUCCCGCUGCCGCUGUUCCGGCGGCCGAGCAGCAGCGACGGGCACCGGUCCGAGACGUCGGGCGGCGUCCGCAUCCCGAGGUUUCAAUGA